GAUUCGGUUAACAUCGGCCUUUUUUAACUGCAUCAGAAAACAAAAUGCCGGGGAUGAAGAAAGCAGUCAAGCCUAAGGGUGGCAAGGCCCAGCCAAGCAAGGGAGGAAAGAAGAAGAAGCAGAUCCGCCAUUUCACCAUUGACUGCACCCUGCCAGUUGAAGAUGGCAUCAUGGAUGCAGCAAACUUCGAGACGUUCUUGCAGGAUCGUAUCAAGGUUGAAGGCAAGACCAAGAACUUUGGCAACAGCGUCAGCAUCGAACGCAAGAAGAGCAAGAUCACAGUGACCUCUGACAUCGCCUUCUCCAAGAGGUAUCUGAAAUACCUCACCAAGAAAUACCUUAAGAAGAACAACCUCCGUGAUUGGCUGAGAGUCGUCGCCUCCGACAAAGACACCUACGACCUGCGCUACUUCCAGAUUAACCAGGAAGAAGAAGAUGAGGAAGACGAGGAUUAAGCCAUCAUCGAUCGAGGAACCACAAACGAGUGCCACGCCCAAUUCUCAUUCUGUUUAUCUACUUUAAAAGAAAGACAAAACUGCCGACAUUCGUUUAAAAAAGUCAUGAAUACCUUUUUAAAAAGUCUAGUGUGGGGCUUUUGACAGAAUGAGCGAAGAUUUUCCUCAGGUACUUUGAGUUUUCUAUUGUUUUGAAACAUUACAGUUGAGCAAUUCCAAUUGUUGCGUUUUUAAGAUUGGAGUUCAUUGUUUACUUUUGGGGUUGGGUUUGGGAUGGGGUAGGUGCGUACUGGUUUCUAAGGUUUUAAACCCCAAAUAAGAUCGUUAUCCCAAUUUUGGGUGAAUCUGUCAAGGGUUUGAGCAUGACUGUUAAAAGCAACUAUGCAGGAUUGAAAACAGAAGAUCACAAUAAAUUAUAAUUGGCAGUGCUUUAAA